CACAGACAGACAAGCCUAGACACACACCGAGCGAGAGCGCGCUGGACAGUCAGGCGAUGAACGAGCCGCUCAUCGACCCGGGAAAACAAUAACAACAACCGAGCCAAACUGAGCAGCCGUGCGUGGACACACGGACUGACACACGGACAGACGGACUGCGGUGGACAAACGUCUCUCUCUGGUGUCUCAGCGCUGUCGCUUCUCUUCCAGUGACAGCAUCACGUCCCCAAGCUACUGUACCUGUCACAAUAAGCUGUCACGGAGGUCACGCGGACGAUGACCGUCGUCGAUGACCUGACAACGGCCGCAGCCACGGGGAGCACCGCGCAUGUGGCGCGUCUCCUGCGGGAAGGAGCCGAGGUUAACGCGGUGAACCGUUUUGGACGAAGCGCCAUACAGGUGAUGAUGAUGGGGAGCACGCCGGUGGCGGAGCUGCUGCUGACGCACGGAGCGGACCCUAACGUCGCGGACACGAGCACCGGCAGGACGCCGCUGCACGACGCGGCCAGCGCGGGCUUCGUGGACACUGUGCGGCUGCUGGUCAAACACCUGGCGGACCCGCAGGUCCGGGACAAGGCAAAGUGUCGACCCGCUGAUUUGGCUCGAGAGAGAGGUCACAAAGAGGUGGUCGCUUUCCUGGAGUCUCUCUAAAGUAAACACUCAGAGGAACUGGGCCUGUGGAGGCCUGCGUGCGGCCUAAAUCACGCAGUCCUAGCGCUGCAAAAUGUGUUUUUUUAUUCAUUUAUGUCACUUUAUUUCUGACUAUAUAGGCAUCAUUAUUUUUCCCCCUAACGAAGCCACUCUUCCCUACUGGCAUGACAUGUAAAUAAGCUUAUAAUACAUCUACAUGCAGUGUACAGCAUUAUUUUAUUUAUCUGUUUUAGCUUCUAAAUAUAUAUCCCUAAGCAUCUGUAAAAAAUAAUAAUAUCCAUCCAUCUUGGUCGUAUUUUACAGCAGCCUGUGGUGUUUUCUAAGAAAAGCUGUGGUUAAUAUUGAGAUAAUGAGACUCUUUUGUUUUUUUUUUGUUUGUUUCUAAUUUAGAAUAUUUAAACCAAAUAUACAAAAAGCCAUUGAGGAUGUUUUGCACAUUUUCUUUGCCCUCUUUCCAAAAUCAUGGAUACUAUGCACUUUAAAAAAUACAACAAAUGUCACCUCUUAAGAGCUGGCAUAUUUAUUUUGUGUUGCCCCGAUUAAAGUCCUGUGGGAUAAAACUG